GACUUGGAUCUUUGUCGAGACCCGUUCAUCGUGCCAUCCGAGGGAAACAACUCAGCCAGUUGCUAUUGUCCCAACUGUCAAAAUGAAUAUAACAUGGACGCUAUUGAACAUCAACUUAUCACUGCUUUACAAAAACGAUCGAUGACUCAUGUCCUGCAGGAUCUUAAAUGCUCUAAAUGUGGUGGGAUAAAGGACACCAAUAUGUCGAAGUAUUGUAAAUGUGGAAGUAACUUUACCCUUACUGCCCCAGCAGCUGAAUUUGCCGAAAAAAUGAGGACGUUUAGAAAUAUAGCAAAACAUUACAAGAUGAAUUUAUUACAAGACAUUGUCAAUUGGAUAAUACAAGAUAAUCCUGUU